AUAAGAUUUUGGGUACACAAAACAAACAUUAUGAAAUCUCAGGCUGCUAUUCUCUUAGCUCUCUUUGGACUACUUCACCUGUACUUUAUGAGUACUACUACUGAAGCAAGAAACAAUCCAAUGGGCGAAUCCUUUGUCAAAAAAUUGGAUAUUGGUGUUGAUGUUCGUCUUAAAAAACAAGAAGCUUCUAAACCAAGUGAAGAUGGUGUUGCAAAAUUAGCAAGUGAAAAUCGACUAUUCCUCUAUGGAAAAGAAGAUGAUGUUGCAAAAUUAGCAAGUGAAAAUCGACUAUUCCUCUAUGGAAAAGAAGAUGGUGUUGCAAAAUUAGCAAGUGAAACUCCAAUAUUCAUCUAUGGAAAAGAAGAUGGUGUUGCAAAAUUAGCAAGUGAAAAUCGAAUAUUCCUCUAUGGAAAAGAAGAUGGUGUUGCAAAAUUAGCAAGUGAAACUCCAAUAUUCAUCUAUGGAAAAGAAGAUGGUGUUGCAAAAUUAGCAAGUGAAAAUCGACUAUUCCUCUAUGGAAAAGAAGAUGGUGUUGCAAAAUUAGCAAGUGAAACUCCAAUAUUCAUCAAUGGAAAAGAAGAUGGUGUUGCAAAAUUAGCAAGUGACAAUCGAAUAUUCCUCUAUGGAAAAGAAGAUGGUGUUGCAAAAUUAGCAAGUGAAACUCCAAUAUUCAUCAAUGGAAAAGAAGAUGGUGUUGCAAAAUUAGCAAGUGAAACUCCAAAAUUAGCAAGUGAAAAUCGAAUAUUCCUCUAUGGAAAAGAAGAUGGUGUUGCAAAAUUAGCAAGUGAAAAUCCAAUAUUCAUCUAUGGAAAAGAAGAUGGUGUUGCAAAAUUAGCAAGUGAAAAUUGACUAUUUCUCUAUGGAAAAGAAGAUGGUGUUGCAAAAUUAGCAAAAGCCAACCAAGAUGAUAAUAUUCGUCCUAAAGAACAGAUACAAAAAAGUUCGGAGCCAAGUGAAAAUGUGUUUAUCCAAUAGUUACUGCCAUGGGUACGUACCACUAAUGUUAAGAAUAUGUUAAUGUUAUUUUAUGUUAGUGGAUUUUACUAUUCAAUAAGC